CUUCGACCUCCCUUCUCGUUCUGUUCUGAGGCAGGCUGGGGCUUCUGCUACUACCCGAAUCAGUUCUCUGGCGGUCGGUUGCUUGUCCUACAGCUGGGUUUGGUCUGCCUGUCUUUGCUGCAUCCUUCACUUCACCCUGCGCUUGACGCCACAAUUUCGUUUGCCAAGUCAUACGACCCACUGAGAUGGUCGCGCAUAAUCCCCUCUUCGCCAGCUGGAGCUUGAGGAAGUUCAAGGCCACUGUCAUAAAUGACAUCUGGCCCGAGGUGCUAUUCUUCUCAGGCGUUGCCGCAAUGGUAUCGCUUGUCUCGGACCUGACGUCGCACAAACUAUCCUUCUCAAGCGCGAUGCUCACCGUGCUGGGUACGGUACUCGGUCUAGUCAUCUCUUUCCGAACAUCUUCUGCGUAUGAACGCUACAUGGAAGGAAGGAAGCUAUGGACGGCUAUCGCCCUCGCUUCCCGUAAUAUUGCCCAAGUUAUCUGGAUACACGUUCCUUUUGAGCGCAUCGACAAGAAAACCGGUCAGCGGAGGUCGAACCUCGAAGUCGUCAUCGAAAAGAAGAGUAUGAUCAACCUCGUUCAGGCGUAUGCCGUGUCUGUGAAGCACUUGCUUCGCGGAGAGGCCGGUGUCUAUUACGAGGACCUCUAUCCCCUCGUCUGCUUCCUGCCCCGCUACGCCUCGCACGCUCCAGAGAACGCCAGCGAGGAAGACAUGCUCCCCAUGUGGCGAGCCUCUGCCAUGGACGCUCAGAAGCACCGGGCAGCGCACACGCUCACGUCCUCGCGACCCCUCUCGCGCAGCGGCACUGCGAACGAAGGCAGCCCGGAGCCCGAAAAGGAGCUCGGCCAGAUCUCCGAAGACCAAAUCUACCACUCCCUGCGCGGUCGCUCGCGCGAGGCUCUGAAGAAAGCGAGGAAGUUCGACCCCGAGAUGGCGCUCCCAGUCGUGUACAGCGAGCACCCGCUCCAGCCCGCGCGCAACCCGCCGAAGGAGUCCAUCUUCGACUAUCUCCCCUUCCUUCGCGUCUUCAAGAUCCUCGUCGCACCAUUGCGCCGCUCCAAGCCAAAACCCGAACUGCCGACAAGCGCAAGCGCAGCGACUCGCAGCUUUACUGGGAAGCGUCUCAGGCCCGAGGCCGUCGACUCGAACGUCCCGCUUGAGAUUACGCUGUUCCUCUCGAACUACUUGGCUUGGCUGUUGAAGAAUGGCCAGCUGCAACCUGCGCUAGCCUCUGCAUUCGUCACGGCCAUCUCGUCUCUCCAAGACACUGUGACGAACCUCGAUCGCAUUAGGAACACGCCUUUGCCGUUUGCGUAUCAAGCGCACCUGCGCAUUUCGCUCUGGAUCUACCUAUUCUUCCUCCCUUUCCAAGUCUGGAGCUCCUUCGGAUAUCUCACCAUUCCUGGAACCGCGUUCGCGUCAUUCUUGCUCCUUGGUUUCCUCGAGAUAGGUCAGGAGAUCGAGAACCCCUUCAACUACGACCUGAAUGAUCUCGACCUCGAUUCGUUCUGUCUCCAGAUCCAGCGCGAACUGCACGAAAUCACAGCACACUCGUGCCCUGAUCCAGACGAGUUCCUCUUCACCGCGUGGAAUCAGCCCUUCGCGCCUGGAGACAGGCGCACUGCGGAGGAGAUGAUGAACGAUGUCAACCACUCUUACCAUGGGCCUGACACGGGCAUGCACAGCAUCCGUCGCACACUGCUUAAGAGCUGGUGGGAUGUGGACGAGAUUACGCGACAGAAGUGAUGGAAGGACCUCACUGUGAGUUCGUACCGAGUUAUGCAGACCUUGACGACUUCCGUGAGGGUCCUUGGGCAUGCUGGAGGAGGGAGUAGAUAUUCAUGGGCGCUACUAAUGUGUAAAGGCUGUUUCUUGUGUGGAGAAAAAUUGAUGACAUGGGGAGGCAGAGCUCGUGACCGCCUGGAGAGCGUCGACGGCAGGCUAGCUGACGAAAUCA